UCCAACGAGGUUACCUUUUGGACAGUGCGUGUAUUCCACUGCAUCCGGAACCACCAACUCUGAUUGCAACCGUGUCGCUCACUAUCUGGGACAUGUUCUUCUCCACAGACACAAACACAAACACGUAGUAAUGUCAGUGUGUUUUUCUUCAACCUCGGUUCCGUUCCCAAGAGCAACACAUCUUUCCUCAAAUCCAAUUAGCGCUGCGUCCAAUAACUACUUCCAUGCAGUAACAGGUGGUGCUCGUAUUGUACUGAACGUUGGAGAUAGAAGCUUGUGUCGAAGGUUUCGUGGUUUCAAAUUGUGGAUACUCGAGAGGCUCAACUUCCAACCAACAAAGCAACCUAAAAAGAAACACCACUUCAAGAAUAAUUUGGAAACAACAGGUUUAUCAAAUGAUAAGGGAUUGCUUUCUGAUUCAACCUCAAUUCUUCGUGUUUCUGAUGAUAAGGUUACUUCAAUGGAUGUUAAUAGAGCACCCUCACUUUGCAUUGCUGUCAUUGGAGCCACUGGUGAACUGGCAAGGAGGAAGAUUUUUCCUGCUUUAUUUGCCCUCUACUACAGUGGAUUUCUUCCUGAGAAUGUUCACAUAUUUGGGUAUUCAAGGAAGAACAUAACUGACGAAGACUUGCGAUCUUUUAUAGCUUCAACAUUAACAUGCCGAGUUGAUCAUCAGCAGAAUUGUGAGGACAAACUAGAUGCUUUCCUUGGUAGAACAUACUACAUAAAUGGAGGUUACGACAAUAAAUAUGGGAUGUCCAUGCUGAAUGCUCGAAUGCAGCAAUUUGAGGGACAAUCCAAAACCAACAGGAUAUUCUACCUUUCUGUGCCACAAGAAGCACUUUUGGAUGUUGCAUCCUGUCUUGCAAGCAGUGCUCAGACCCAAAAGGGAUGGAAUCGCAUAAUAAUUGAGAAGCCAUUUGGCUUUGAUGCGCUCUCUUCCAAUAGGCUGACACAGUAUCUUCUUUCAAACUUUGAGGAAAAGCAAAUAUAUAGGAUUGAUCAUCUUCUAGGAAGGAAUCUCAUUGAAAAUCUCACAGUUUUAAGGUUUUCAAAUCUAGUUUUUGAGCCACUUUGGAGUCGUACUUACAUACAUAAUGUACAGGUCAUUUUAUCAGAGGAUUUGUCCGUGCGUGCAGGAAGAUAUUUCAGUGGCUAUGGGAUUAUCCGUGACAUUGUUCACAGUCAUGUGCUCCAAACAAUUGCAUUGCUUGCCAUGGAACCACCAAUAAGCCUUGAUGGAGAAGAUAUUCGAAAUGAAAAGGUCAAGGUUUUGAGGUCGAUUCGCAAAUUAGAGCCUAAGGAUGUCAUUCUUGGGCAGUAUAAAGCAAGUGGCAAUGACAAGGUUGAUGUGUGUUUAAAUGGUCUCACACCUACUUAUUUUGCUGCCGCACUAUACAUUGACAAUGCACGAUGGGACGGUGUGCCAUUUUUGGUUAAGACAGGCUUGGGACUCAUCAAACACCAGAUGGAGAUACGGAUUCAAUUUCGUCACGUUCCGGGAAAUGUAUACCACGAGUGCAUUGGACAUAAUAUUGACCGUGCCAAAAAUGAGCUCAUUCUUCGUGAUGUUCCCGAUGAAGCUAUUCUGGUGAGAGUAAACAAUAAGGUUCCAGGAUUAGGCUUGCAACUGGAUUCUUCAGAAUUAAAUUUGCUAUACAAGGACAAGUACAACAUGGAGGUGCCGGAUUCAUAUGAGCAUCUUCUGCUUGAUGUGAUUGAUGGGGACAACCAUUUGUUUAUGCGAAGUGAUGAGCUGGCAGCUGCAUGGAACAUUCUGACUCCAAUUUUGAAAGAAAUAGACAAAGAAAAUAUAUCGGUGGAACUUUAUGAGAUGGGAGGUCGUGGUCCAGUUGGAGCAUACUACCUCUGGGCUAAACAUGGUGUUCGUUGGGUAGAGGAUUAGUUCUUCUCUCAAUUGUUUCUUCUUCUGCCACGUUACUGUGUUCAUGUUAUUUUGCUUGCCCCCUUAGUAAAGACUACCAAGGCUUUGUAUUAAGUAUUUCAAGAGUGCUAAAAAUAUAUCUUUAGUUAUUCAUUCUGAUUUAUUAAAAAUUGUAUAAGUAAAAAUUUGUAAUUAAGAGUGAGAUUUAUAUGACUUUUAAUAAAUUUUAGUAGAUGAUAAAUGAUGUGUUUGGAAGAGUGUGUUAGAAAAUGUGAUGUUGUAUUUGACUAAGUAUUUUGGAAUGAUCUAAAUGGUAAAGAGCGCCAUUUUGUUUUUCUUCUGUUG